AUGUCUGCAGAAAGCCCCGGCCAGAAGCAGGGCUUCAAGUCCUUCUUGUCCAAUGCAUUGCGACCCAAGAAAUCCCGUCAAACCCUCAGGAAGGGCAGCAGAUCAACCACAGACCUGCGGCUGGCCGCACGUCCCAGUAUCGAUGAAGGACCUCCACCUCCUCUUCCUCCCCCUCCAAUGCCAGAGCUAGCUCCCUUACACGCCCACAGACUCAAGUACAAAGAUUUGCACGCGCAGGUGGACUCGCAACUCGGCGAACGCCGAGACUAUACGGAAAUCAUCCAUUCCCUGGGAACCCUCGGGUCCGACGACGACGACCACGCCUUAAGAUAUUCACAAAACAUACACCGGCCCCCGGGCGAAGGCGACAUAGCCAGCCUCCCGCCAAAGCUCUGGGGUCAAAUAGCGAGCUAUUUGGAUCCAGCCGAAGCGGCAAGCCUAGCAAUCACCAGCAUCACCCUCUAUCGCCGUCUAGGCCCAGGAUACUUCAGGGAGCUGGCCCACCCACAGAACCUUCCCUACAAGAUCACCUUCCUUGCAGGCCUAGACCUCUCCCUCCCAAACCACCUCCUCUGCAUCCCCUGCGCCCGCUACCACACCCGCACCCAGCGCGGCACCGAACGCCUCCGGCCAACCCACAUCCUCAACCCGCUCUUUGCAUGCCCAAACUCCACAAACGCCCUGAACCCCCCACCCCGCCACCGCAUCACCCACGGACGCAUGCUCCCCUUCACCUUCGUUCAGCUCACCAUGCGCGCCCACCGCUUCGGCCCCUCCUACGGCCUCACCCCGGACGCCCUGGCCCGCCGCUGGCAGCGCGACAACUGGUCGCACACCUCCCGAUUCCACAUCCACGCCGGCCGGCUCCUGAUGCGCGUAACAUCGCAGACGUUCGCCGCGCCCGCGCUAACGCCCUCAGCGCAGCGCAUGCUCCUCUUCUCGCGCGAAGACUACUGGCCGUACUUCAGCGCGUGCGCGCACUGGCGCGACGGCGAGCUCAUGCCGGCUUGCAAGUGCGCGCUGGAGCACAUCCCGCGGCCGCGCAGUACUGGCGGGCUCCAGGGCCUCGAGCAUAAAGUAAAAGACCGGUGGACGGGCGGCGUGUUUGAUCCGAACGCGCUGACGACGCUAUGCGGAUUCUGCCGGCCUAUGCGGCGGUGCCCUGAGUGUCCGACUGAGUAUCUGAUUGAGGUGAAGCUUUGCGAGGACCGCGCAGACGGAAGAUUCAAGCAGGCGAUUACGGUGACGCGGUGGACUGAUCUUGGGGAUGGGAAGACGCCUGAUGGGAUUCAGUGGGCGGCCAUCAAUGGGUGCAGUGAGGAGUAUGAUUCGUUCCAGCAUGAGCAUUAUGCAAAGCGCGGGAUUGCGAGUAUCUUUGAGGCUGCUUUUACUUCGGAUACGUUGCCGGGUCAGCGGGUUGUGUCGUUGAAUCCGAAGAUGAAGAAGUUGGGGGAGAAGGGGAAUGAUUGGUAUUAG